ACAGACUGUUGAAGAGGGCUGUUAAACAUAUACACCCUCACAGGAGCCAGAGAGACUGAGAGAAAAGGGUAGACUAUCUGGAAACAAGGAAAGGAGAAGAACAAGGGAAUAACAACAGAGGAGAGGAGUGACAGAGGCUCUGGAAAAUCUGUCAGCUUCCUCCUGUGUCUCAACCAUGAGCCUGGGCUUGACCUUUACCUUGUUUCUGCUCCUCAGUCUUCACAUUUGUACAGCCCUGGGAGGCAGAGCCCAGCGCAGACAGAAACAAGCUGAGGAGAGGCUGAGACCAUAUAUUGGCAGAGUAGAGCCAGAAAAGCUUUGUAAGUUGCUGAACUGCUAUGGUCCAGUGGGAUCUUGGUGCCAGGUUGUUGAGGAAAAUGGAGUCCCGAUGCCCAAGUGUGUUUGUCCUCAGUCCUGUCCACGGCAGAGGGCACCAGUGUGCAGUGUUCUGGGAAAAACCUAUGGGAAUGAGUGUUUGCUGCAUAAAGAAGCCUGCAGAAAGAGACGCCGCACUGGACUGGCUCACACAGGACCCUGUCUGGUCCCCAAGGGUAAAUGCACUGAAGAAGAGUUAGGCCAGUUUCCAUAUCGUCUUAUGGACUGGUUUCUGCUCCUGAGUCGAAUGGGGGAGUCCUACGCACCUGGUGCCCCACCCCAGAGCUGCCUCAGCCACACCCAGAGGACACAACUAGCACAGCAAAGAUUUACCCUGCUGGACAAGAACAAAGAUGGCAAGUUGAAGCCGCAAGGACCUGAGGAAGCUGUAUUAUAAGAAGAUGCCUCUGGAGCACUGCGCUACACCUUUCUUCCAGUCAUGUGACCGUAACAGGAACAGCAAGGUGACGCUGCAUGAGUGGACGACCUGUCUAGUGGAUCGCCUUGAGGCCUGGUUCUACGACUUCACAUCGAUGAGAAUGGGUUCCCGCAAGCUAUGCCCUACAAUCAAAGAGAACAACUUCUGACAUGAGAAAAGGGCCAUGAACUCCUGCAUCUCUAUUGUGCUGUAAAGAACUCGCUGAGGCCAACACUGAUUUAAAAGCUACAGGAUGGCACCUCUACACACUCGUCACUCAUCUGUUUCACUCAGUAUUGCAACUUGUAAUACAGAGAUUUAUUGUUUCAUCAAAUCUCAAAGUCUGCUGAUUGCCUGUGCAUUCAUGUGUGUGCUCAAAUGGGACAGAUAAAUGUCUGGACAGACUGACCUCUGAUAUUGUUAAUUAUAUUAGCUGACAUUUGUAUAUUCGAGUUGUAAAAGAGCAGAGACAAUAUUAAAGCAAUAUUAAGUCCCAGUUUACAUGGCAUGUUUUGAAUAACCAAUUAUAGUGAAGGACGAAAGCAGCGCAGACAGACAGCAUGAUGUACAGAGAAUGACAAACUAGAAGGAAAUAAAGAUAAGGGGAAAAGAAGCGCUUAGUAUAAGAUGACGUGACCAGAGAAGAGACAAAGAGAUAAUAAAGAGGGUGAAGGGGAGAAGUAGAGGAAACUGGGGGGGGAGUGAGGGAGGGAAGGAGUGAGGCAAAGUGACUGAAGGAAGGAGGGAGAAGUACAAAGUGUGUUUGUGAAGGAUGGGAGGAGGUAAUGCACUGUAAAUGGGAGUUGAGAGUAAUGGAGUAAUGCAUAAAAAAUGGAUCAGAAAUGAGGGAAAGACUGAGGAGAACGGGGAACAAGAGGGGGGAAGGGAUGGCUGAGAAAGCGGGAGUAACUGAGGAGAGGAGGAAAUGCAAGAAAAAAGGUUUUGGUGCUGCAAAACAUUUCCUUUACAGACAGCUCUGUAAAUAGCAUCUCAGAGCAUGAUGCAGAAUAUCUGAAACACUUGACCUCUGUCAAGGUCAAAAAAACUUGCAUAAUGCAAGCUUGCUGACUUUUUUCUAUGUAUGUGCCAUCUAUAA